GAGAUGACUAUGAAAAUAAUCCAGUCAUAAACGAGGUAUGGAUUUGAAGAUAAUAUAAAUCUUAGGUGCAAUGUAUCACAUGGUAUCGUGCUUCUCUGUUCCCACCGGUACAACUGUUGCUUAGUGUAAUAAUCCUUGUAUGAAAUUUGGUAUACAAUUCUUAUUUUCCUUUGUGCUCUUGAUAAGUUGAGAAUACUUCUAUACGUUUCGAAACAAGUUUUUGCUGUUAGAGAGUCUUGUAAACGCUGAUAUUACAAAAUUUUUCAUAGCAGUCUAAGCAUAGUAGAUCCUUUCAUUAGUGAAUACUAAAAAUUUUGUCUGUUAGAAAUUUAAGAUCUCUUGUAUGAAUAUUGAGAUUUUAUGAAGUAGAAAAGUUCAGGAUCUCGAAUACUUUCUCGUAAUUUGUAAAAUACUUUGGUAGUUUGGUUCCUUUGUAUAUUUUCAUACGUCGAAUCCAUCUCCAAUUCAUUGUUCGGGAGUUUACUGUAAAGUGAUCUUGUUAAUUUAAGUUGGGUGUAACUGAUUGGAGAGAGGCACAGGGAGACAAUUCAAAAGGUCAUGGAAUGUGUAAAUUUACGGGACGAAGAAGCACCUCUGAUUCCUGGGAAUACAAUUCAAAAUCACACUAAAGAUGUCCAUAUACUGAGCAGUGCUUUCUUGUUAAUUUUUUUAGCUUAUGGUGCUGCUCAGAAUCUGCAGAGUACUGUCAAUACUGAGCAAAAUUUGGGUACUACUUCACUGGGGAUUUCAUAUGUAUCCUUCACUUUUUUCUCUCUAUUUUCUUCAACAACAGUUCGGUUGUUGGGUUCGAAGAAUGCUUUGAUUCUAGGCACAACUGGAUAUUGGUUAUAUGUAGCUGCUAAUCUCACACCAUCUUGGUAUUCGAUGGGACCUGCUGCUAUAUACCUUGGUUUUUGUGCUUCAAUUAUUUGGGUUGGGCAGGGAACAUAUCUUACUUCCGCUGCCAGAAGCCAUGCCAAUGAUUCCCAGUUACAUGAAGGAACGGUCAUCGGGAACUUCAAUGGAGAAUUCUUUGGAAUGUUUGCAAGUCGACAGUUCUUUGGAAAUUUGCUGACACUAGCUCUGUUAAGAGAUGGAAUGGAAGGAAAAACUAGUGGGACGACAUUUUUGUUUGUAGUCUUCCUUGGAAGCAUGACUUUAGGUAUCAUACUAAUGUUCUUCUUGCAUGAAAGAGAUGACGAAGGACGAAAUCUCAGAGCACCAAAAUCUUCUCUCAGUAGUAAAGUUAUUGCUCCUUUUUUGGACCUUCGAAUGCUUCUCAUUAUCCCACUUAUCGCAUAUUCAGGCUUACAGCAAGCAUUUGUGUGGGCGGAGUUCACUAAGGAGGUAGUUAAACCAGCACUUGGUGUGUCAGGUGUGGGUGGUGCAAUGGCUGUGUAUGGGGCCUUUGAUGCAAUUUGCUCAUUGGUAACUGGGCGACUCACCUCAGGUCUCUCCUCAAUUGCUGUGAUAACUCCUUGUGGAGCUUUAGUUCAGCUUAUAGUACUUCUAUGGAUUCUGCUGAGUUACAGUGCAACUAGCGGUGUUCUUGGUUAUGUCUACCCACUUUUGAUGGCAGCUAUGUUGGGUAUUGGAGAUGCAGUAUUCAAUACACAACUAAAUGCGUUGCUUGGAAUCCUUUUCAAAGAUGACACGCGAGGUGCAUUUGCUCAACUUAAGGUUUGGCAGAGCGCAGCGAUUGCACUGGUGUUCUUUCUGAGUCCGCUCAUCACAUUGAACGCAAUGUUAAUAAUAAUGAUCAUUGCUCUAUUCUUCGGAAUGGCUUGUUUUCUCUUUCUAACUCUGCAUUUGGAGAAAACUGUCUCUUCUCAAGUUCUCCUCUCUUAACUAGAAUCUAAAUGAUAUAUUAACGGAAAACAAAUAAAAUAAGUAUUUUUUUUAACUU